AUGGUGAAAUUUUUCUUUACAUUAUGCACAUUUGCCUUUAUAAGUUUGGCAACACCUAAAGAACUCCCAAGCAAUCGCAGCCACAAUAUUUUCCAAGACGUCGUUCGUUCGUUCUACAACUCAAAAGCCAUCACCAACGUCAACGAACUCCUCAACAAAAACCACCGAGCUGAACUCGACGAAGUUGUACAAACUUUCAACGAUGGUGUUGGUUUUAAACUAAUCACUAUAAAAAAUGGUUAUGUGCAAGCCGAUCUUGGUUCAUUUGAAAAAGCUUUAGCUCAAUUGGAUUCAAUUAUUCCUCAACAAGCGUCGCAAAUAAGAAGCGCAAUCGAUGGAAUCCAUAAAAUAUCUGCUAGGGAAUUUGCCGCUUCGUUAACCAAGCCAGCGGUUAGUUCUAGGGCAGUUCAAAAAUCAAUGACGACUCUACUCGCUUCUACAGCUUGUAGUAGUUUCACUUCAACCAUAUCCGGAAUGUACUCAGAUUAUUCUUCGCCAAUUUAUAACAGUUGGAUUGGGUUUGUAGAUACCAUCGGUACUAUCGGUGAUACUUACCCACUUUUCAAACCAGUUGUGACUUUGGUGGAUCAAGUAGAUGGUGCAGUUACAGGUUUCGUUGAUAAUAUGGUCGCAGAAACUACAUCUACUUUAAAUGAAGCCUGUGGUGGUGUUAUAUCUUUUAUAGGAAAUCGUCGGGAUAUGUCUGAGAAAGAUUUGAAUAGGAUAAAUUUGCAAAACAGAUCUGUGAGUGUGACCAGUCAAUUUUUCAACUUGAUUAUUUCAGCUAUUUCUUUGGUGAUUAUAUAUGUUUUUAUAUUAGUUUUCGGAUUUACUUUAUAUGGUAUGAACGUUUUGAUUGGACCCUUGGCUUUAUUUUUUACUGUGUUUCAGUAA